AUGGUCCGCCCACUGUAUGCCAUCGGUGCUGUGUUUCUUCUGGUGGGAUUUCUGUUACCGACAGCAGAAGGGAGAAAGAGGAAUCGUGGAUCUCAAGGUGCUAUCCCACCUCCUGACAAAGAUCAGCCCAAUGAUUCAGAGCAAACACAGACACAGCAGCAGCCAGGCUCUAGGCAUCGAGAGCGAGGGAAAGGCACUUCAAUGCCUGCCGAAGAGGUGCUGGAGUCUAGUCAGGAGGCACUGCACAUCACUGAGCGCAAAUACCUAAAACGGGAUUGGUGUAAAACUCAACCCCUCAAACAAACUAUCCAUGAAGAAGGCUGCAACAGUCGUACCAUUAUCAACCGGUUCUGCUACGGCCAGUGCAAUUCCUUUUACAUCCCAAGGCAUGUCCGUAAAGAGGAAGGCUCUUUCCAGUCUUGUUCCUUCUGCAAGCCCAAGAAAUUUACCACCAUGACUGUUACACUUAAUUGCCCUGAGCUUCAGCCCCCUAGAAAGAAGAAAAGAAUCACGCCGGUGUAUAUCUAUUGACUUGGACUAAUCUGAGGAAAAUAUUAUCCUGAUUGCACUCUGACUGUAUGCAAUCCUUGCCAGUGUGAAAGUGAGCGGCAUAAACUAGCAUACCCUCCGGGCUGGACACAACGGAAAGCAACCUAGUGAAUUACCUGAAAAAAAAAACAAGAAAAAAAAUGGACAUAAGGGAAGGACAUGCAUGUGUGUGUUUGUGUGCAAGAAAGAAAAGGGAUGUGUAUAAGCCAAACAGAUGAAUGUUCACUAUGGCAAAAUUAUUUUUAACAGGGGUAUGAAAUAUUAAAAUCUAUUUACCCACAGCCUCAACAUCACAAUAAUUAGGCUUUCUAGUGCACGUCCACAUUUUUGCCACUUACUGGGAAAGUGGAGCUGUGGCUUUUGCUAAUGUUCACCUGCCAUGCUAUUUGCUUUUAGCGUAUUAAGAGAAACGUCACAGUGCGUGGACAAUAAGUUGGAAAGCAUGAAUCUACUCUUAAAUAUAAAGUAGGCUAAAAGCAGUUAAGCCAUAGCAAACCAUCACAGAGAAUAACAACUGUGUAGGGAGUUUCUAACAUACUUCUUUAAAAAAUAACUGUAAUCCAAAAGCCAUGUUGGCAGAACAACGGGGGGAAGCAGGAGUGUGAAAAAAAUCGGUAUAGGUGGACAGCUAACAGAAUUACAGCAAGUUAGGAAAAAAAGGGUCAAAGUAAGUAGAUGGGGGAAUAUAAAAGAGAGGAAAAAGAAAGAUACAUAAAUAGCAAGACGCAGAAAGAGAUAUUGUCUUCUGUUUACGUUUUGCUUUAAUUUAUAGACCUAUUCAUAUAUUACAUAAAUUAAAGAGAAACUAUAUACAAGACUAUAAAUGUAUUUCUGAAUUCUAAUGGCUAAGUUGAUCAAAACCCUUUCUUCUGCCACUAGAUCCAUUUGGUGUCUUGUAUUUCAGAUAUCAGUUAUCCUUCAUAUUUACAUAUAUAUGUAUAUGCAGUAUCUUUUAUUCAUUGGUAUCUAUACAUACAUACGGUGAGUAUGCAUACUCCACUGUGUGUAUCUGAACUCGCUUCUUCUCUUUUUCACACACAUAAACAAAAACAUACAUACCACAGCGCAGAAAUCUUGCUAACCAAGAUCAAGUACAAAAUGGCAGUAAUUUAGCACAUAAAGAGCAAAGCAGAAAUUAAAACAAGCAUCAUGUGACUGCCAAUGCAAUAACCACACAAGAGACAAAAGACACGACAUUCAUGACUAGUAAACAUUGCAUUGUUAUUGUUAUUUUAGCUCCGCCACAGGCAUGCAGUUUGUUGAAAAAGAGAUGCAGAGCUUUGCCAGCAAUAAUUCUCUUUUUACAUCUUUUACCACAGACUUGCAUUUAAACAGGAUUUGGACUAAGUAAAGAGAAUUUCCUAAAAAUUAAGGGCUAACUGCCCCUCUCAUUUCAGGGGGAAAAACAUGAAAGGGGACACAUGACUUCCAGCAGCUCCAUGUGCCUCACCUGUGAGAGUACCCUGGGUUCUCGGGCCUUCAGGAUUAGGUGGUGGAGCUAGAUCAGAAGUGUGGGUUUCGACAAGAGCACAGAAGGGCCUGCAAAAGAAGUUGUUUUAUCUAGGUGGCCUCUAGGCUGGCUGUCCUGAGAGGCAGCCCUGCCCCGGGGCUGCAGCACUUCCCUUUUCCUAGGGGUUCGGUGGGAGCGAGCCAUUGCCUCGCUGGCUGUGUCUCGCGAUGCGCAAACUGCUCACCCUUUCCCAGGCGCUGGCUUUUGAAGGAGCUGCCCACCUCCCGGCCGAGACCCAUGCCUAGGGGACCCUAACAGCAAAUUCUGUUCCAGUUUUGCACCUAAGCAAAUGCAUACUGCUAUGCCGACUGUCUCAGGUAGAGUUAGUAUUGGGCCUUAAAGCAACCCCUACUGAUAUGAGUGAAAUGAGAAGAAGGUCCAAGUUAGUUGUAUGAUGGGUCUUCUAUAGCCCAGGACUUAGUUUACCAUUCAGCCACAAUAUUCUUUUGUAUCUACUAUCAGUGCCACUGCUCUUUCUCACACCAAAUGCCUCUCUCAGCUACAGGCUGAUUAUCUUGACAGUAUUUCUGUCCAUUGAACUGUGAGAAAGAAAUUUCUGCUUUUGUUAGCAUGUCCAAAGGGAAAAAUAUACAGUGGCAUGUCACAGAUGCAUAAAAUGUGCAGUCAUUAUAUUAAAGCCACAGCUGUUACACAAUGUAUUGUGCAAUUAUUGGCCAUCUCCUACAUCUCUGCAAUUAAUAUAUUUUUACUGUAAAAUAUACUGCUGUAAGGACUGCAUCUGUAAGAUUAAGAGAUUGCAACUCAUUGUUUCAUAUUAUUAAAAUGCAUUGCAUCUGGUGUACUCUCAUUCAGUAGGUUUGACACAUUUAUUCAUGGAUUUUAAAAUCCAGUUUUAAAAUCUGGAAUUAUGGGAGGUAGAUUUCCACUGUGUGGAAUGUGAAUAGUUAAACAGAAAGAUAUGGAUAUUUAAUGUUAUUAUUAAUACAAAUCCUUUUUCACUGAUAAUUUACAGGGGUUGUUUUCCUUUAAAUUACUUUUUUGAGUUGGUUUGGAGCUGCAAGGGCCGAUGUCGAUCUUUGUUGAAAGUUAUAUACUAGCUAAUGGUUCUGCAAUAAAUAGGCAAACCUUAAGAAUGAAAUUUUAUCUUCAUUUGAAGUUGAUAGCAGAACUAUUGUCUUUUAACAGUGAUAGGAUUUCAUCCUAGGCUACUAUGUCCCUAAACUCUUAGACGUUAAGCAAAGCUUUAGACAUUACUAGCUCUUUGAUUUAACAUUAAGUUAGCAUUCUAAAGGAAAAUGGAUAAAAAUUUUACAAAUCUUUAUGUUCCAAAACAGCCUAUGCAUAGAUCACAAAGGAAUUCCCCUUGAGGCACGUCCCCCCCCCCCCAAUAAAUAUGUAAAUUUUAUACAAAGAACUUUUAUGAAUUGCUAGUUAUUGCCUGAGAGUAAGAAAGUUCUGCUAACUUACAAUUAUACAAGAUAUUAAAUAUCAGCCACAACAUGUAUUUAAAUAUCUGCUUUAUUCUAAAAACAAUGGACUAUAUAACCUAAGGCUGCAGUAUUUUCAUGCUUGGUCUCACAAAGCAAAACUUGGUUUAAAAUGAAGUUUUAAUUAUUUUGUAACUGAAUAGAAUUGGAGUUUUUUCUUCCCA